AAUAUCAUAUAAACAAGAUGAGCAGUUUUACCAGUUGGUCAGUAUUCAUUGAAUCGUUGAUUAGAGAUGAAGUUCGUAGUUUGCGUUGUCGCUGUGGUAGCUGUGAGCUACAUAAGUUUGGUGGAAAGUGCAGUUUGGCGAGGUGUCGCCAACGACAUAAAUCAUCCAGGAAAAUGUGUUAUUGACAAAGAUGUGCUUCUCGACUACGGGCAGGAGUAUCAUCCGCCAAACCGUUGUGAAAAAAUUUCAUGUCUUCAAGGCGGCGAAAUUGCGGGAUACAGUUGUGGAGUGAAAGUCAUAGAAAACUGCCGAGAUGGAGGUUACGUUGAUGUAUCAAAGAAUUACCCCGAGUGUUGUUUGAAAAAAUUUAUUUGCAAAGAGAAGGGCAAGGAGAAAAUAGUAGAACUUUAGUAUAAUACCAUAUUUCUAACAAUUUAAAUUAAUUUAUUAUUUGUUUUAUAGUUUG